GCUACGCUUUUGACUUUUUCAAUUAUUAAAGCAAGGCCCCCCCUUGCCAUUCAAGAGAGACUGCGUUGUCCGAACAUAGAAGCGUUAGCCUAUCAUUGAUCAUCAUCAGUGGCUACUCCCGAAACCCUAAUCACCGAUAGAUUCGACCCAGAUGAAGUAGGACUCACAAUCAUGAAAUGUCAGCGGUUGAAAAUCAUCACAGGCAUGUGAGAGAAUUCCUGUGACUGUUAAAACGUUUUUUUUGGCUUGAAGCGAGGAGAGUCGAGAACUUUAAAACUUCACUGUCUUAAAGAGUGUCAUUAGCUCAUGGGCGACCGAAGACCCUGAUACUUGAUAUCGUUCACCAGGCUUGGAGAGGGAUGGGCCCGUUGACGGGUCUUUUUUCCGGUUUUGUUUUAUCUUUAUUUUGAUUAAGUCUUUAUUUUUGGCUUUGUUUUAUCUUUAUUUUGAUUAAGUCUAAAAUAAAAAAUAUAAGAACUUUUCUUGCUUUUCUCUCGCUGUAUUUUCUUCUUUGCCAAGACUUUCAUUGUUAAAAAAAAAAAAAACUUUUUCGGCAAAUUUUUAUUUUCCUGGUUUAAAGAUUUUCUUUUUUUUCUUCUUGGGUUUCUGGUUUUCUUGCUUGCCUUGUCUUGAAGGGCUCUAAAAGCUGAAGGUUCUAAUUGGCAGUCAAUUUUUUUUGGUGGGUUAUUGAAGGAGUUUUCAUUUUUCUGGUGUUUCUUACCUUUUCAAGGUUCUUUUUUUAACAAUAUAUUCAUCUAUGUCUGUCGAAAUGAUUUUUUGAGUUUUGGGAUCAUCAGCAAGCGCAAGAAACUGUUUUUUUUUUUUUUUUUUGAGCAAGAUGAUUAUGCAAUCAGCUUGGUCAUCUUUAAAGCUUUUUUUGAACUACUGUUUCCUUUUCACUUUGCUCAUCUAUGGUAGAGCUGCAAGACAAUUCUUUUGAUGCCUUGAAUUCAACUUUGGAGUAAAAAAAAAAAAAUAACUUUGUAUUGUGGGGGUUUAGGUUGCUUUUUAAAUUGGUUUCUGCAAGUGGAAGUCUCUGUUUCUCUGGUGGCUACAAUGAUAUCUUCGCUGAAGUGCUUACUUAUAUAAGUCGCCAAGUAUUUGGUUGUGAUUAUUUUGCUUAAUAAAGAGUCUCUGCCUCUGGUUGUGGUUAUUUUGCUUAAUAAAGAGUCUUUGCCUCUGGUGGUUCAACUUCUGUAUAUUUGGUGUUGUUCUAGAGCUUCAAAAAUACAUAUACAAAAAAAGGAGCUUCUCUUCAUCAUUGCUCUGGUUUCCACAGUCAGGAUACUAUCUGUUGAAUGGGGACUGAUGCUGCUGAAGUAGUGGAAACUCCAUCCUAUCCUAGUUCCUUUAAGGUGCAUCACAUGAUGUGCACAGAACUUAGGAAGCUGGUUGAUAGAAUUAUAAGGAUAUUUCCAGAAAUUGAAGCUGCUCGACCUAGAUGCUCCUCAGGAAUAAAGGCACUAUGCUCACUGAACAGUGCAAUUGAGAGAGCAAAGCUACUUCUUCAGUACUGCAGCGAGUCCAGUAAACUCUAUCUGGCAAUAACGGCAGAUGUGAUAGUUUCAAGAUUUCAAAAAUCGAAGAACUUGUUGGAACAAGGUUUAUGCCAAAUACAGACUAUGGUUCCAGUUAUGCUGGCUGUUGAGAUCUCUCAACUUGUUGAUGAUCUGCGAGCUGCAAAUUUUGUGCCUGAUAAAUUUGAAGAAGAGGCAGGGAAGGUUGUAAAAGAAUUGCUUCAGCGGGGAGCUGCGGGGUCAGAUUCAAUGGAAUACGCUGAAAUGAAAGCUAUUCAAACUGCAGCAUCACGACUGCAUAUUACGUCUUCAACAGCCAUCUUGAUAGAAAAAAGAUCUAUUAAGAAGUUGCUGGAAAAAGUGAGUGACACUGACCAACAAAAGAAAAAGAUCUUAAAAUAUCUUCUGUAUCUGUUGAGGAAGUAUGCUACCUUGAUUAUUUGCGAGCAAACGGACAACACAACUGAUCAGAACGAAGGAGCAUUUGCAGUUAACGACUCUAGUACUAAUUUUAUGCAUGCUCACUCUGUUGACGUGGGAUCUCAUCUGGAGUAUAAGCGGUAUGCUGCUGAAGAUGAUAAGUUAAGUAGAGCUAUACCUCCUGAGGAAUUUAAGUGCCCCAUAUCUUCAAGAUUGAUGUGUGAUCCUGUUGUCAUUGCUUCUGGACAAACAUUUGAAAGGAUUUGGAUUCAGAAGUGGUUUGAUGAUGGUAAUGAUAUGUGUCCAAAAACUAAAAUGAAACUGGCCCAUCUGUCAUUGACCCCAAAUGCUGUCAUGAAGGAUCUGAUAUCAAAAUGGUGUAUCAAGAAUGGAGUCACCCUUCAGUACCCAGGCAUGCAACCAGAUGAUCUUCAAUUGUUGGAAACUUCUUCCACUUCCAUUACUAGUUUUGGCAGUUCUAUAAAUGAUCUCCACUUUCCAGUGGACAUCAGCAGUAUAUCACUUAGAUCUUUAGAUACAAGUUAUACUUCGGAUGUAUCACGCAACAAAAUUGCAGAUGUCCCAAGUUUGAUACCAGAGCAGAAUGAUGAUGAUCUGUGCCAAUAUCAAUCUCCCAGCAAUGGAAGUGGGAUGGAUUUGGAGUCUCUAUCUAGCCUUGCCAAGCUUGAUUGGGAUUCAAAAUGCAAGAUGGUUGAAGAUAUUAAAACUCAUUUGGAAUGUGAUGAUCUGGUUUGUCCUUCUAUGUCAUCCAAUAAUUCCAUUGAACCUCUGAUUAAUUUUUUGAGCAGUGCUCAUGAUUUACACGAUAUAAGAGCAGAGAGAGCUGGAUUGCAGUUGUUAUUGACAUUUCUGAGCAAAAGCAGGAGUGGCAUGCGAUACUUAAAUGAAGAUGCAUAUAGUCUGUUCUCAUUGUUUCUCGACUCAGAAGUAACUAAAGAGGUUCUUGACAUUAUAGAAGUGUUGUCCGGCCAUAGCAGUUGUAGAUCUAAGAUUGCUGCAUCUGGUGCUCUUCCUUCCAUUUUAAAUAUUCUUGACUCAAAAAUCACAGAAUUCCAGGAACGAGUCAUUAAAAUUUUGGGGAAUCUUUCCUCAAGCACCGAUGUUUGUUCCACUUUGGUGUAUUUAGAAUGCAUCCCAAAAUUUGUUCCAUUCUUACAAGACACCACUCUUGCAAGGCACUGUAUACUGGUGUUGAGAAAUUUGUGCUGUAACCAAGAGGCUAGGGCUUCUAUAACUCAAACUUCAGGAUGCAUUUCUUCUAUUGCUAUGUUACUUGAGACUGACAGUUAUGAGGAUCAAGAGCAUGCACUGGCUAUUCUCCUUGCAUUGUGCUCGCAACGUGUUGAAUAUUGUCACUUAGUGAUGGAUAAGUGUGAUAAUAUAUUCCCUGCCCUUUUUGAUGUAUCUGUUAAUGGGAGUGAAAAAGGAAAGGCAAGUGCAUUGGAAUUGCUACGGCUCCUUAGAGAUACCAACUGUGGUGAUUAUGAACAAGAAUGCUUUCAAUCUGACAAUGUGACAUCCGAAGAUGCUAACUAUUCCAAAGACAAGAAGUCUCAUAAGUCAUUGUUUGGAGUGAAAUUGCCAAUGUUUUCAAGAUCCAGUGCACUAAAAAAGAAGAAAUGAAAAAGGGAUUUUCUGCUCUCUAUCGACAUUGGGGUUAACAAAUAUUCUGCCUGGUAAGAUUCUUUCCCCUUCCCUGGGACCGGGAGGGGUUUGCUUACUGGGAUUUGGCACUGAUAUCAUCAUACUGUAACUAAAUGUGGCUAGUUGUUGCAUGAUUUUGUACGGCUCCAACACUAAUUUCUAUGAUCUGGUUUCUUAGAUUUGAUUAUUUGUAUGAUGUAUCUGCUGUCAUUUUCUGGUUGUAUAAUUCUUAAGAAUGUACAGUUUUUGGCUAGUGUUGAAGUACUUUGUACCUUUUCCCGUAAUCUUAGGCAGCUUCAUAUGUGUUAUUGGACCUUACAUACAAACCAAAACAAAUCUAGUGAUCUAUAGGAAAGGAGACCAAAAGAAGCCUACUAGUUGCCUUCAUACUCUUUUAAUAUGGAAGGUCAGAUUUCUGUUUGUCCUUGUAACUCAAUCACGAUGCUAUAAUAUCCUGCAUGAUCCCUCACCUAAACUUUCAAUCCUUCCACAUCACGUCCUAAUUUUCCUGAAGAAGCACAAACUGAUUCUCUCAAUUUGUGUUACUGAUUUUUAUAUGUUGUCAAAUAUUGGUUGAAAGAUCACAAAAAAGAACAGUAUGCAUUUAUAGGGAUAAUGAAAUGACCAUGAUAUAUGAGCAUGCGGGCAUAUAUGGGGACUACCAUGGUAGGCAUCAUUGCCUUCCACAUCCUUUUUCAAGAAGUGCCAGAACAAAAAUAUUCAGGGGGGACAUGUUGGUAAGUCUUGGAUCUGCUCAUUGUUUUCUGCUAAUGCAGUAGACUCUUCUUGCUGAUUGUGUCAGCAAAUCCUUUUCUUCAGGCUUUGCUCCUACAAGAAGAAAACAUUCUCAAACCUGAGAAUAUCUUUAACUUCUCAAUGUUUAGCGGCUUAAGUGUAGCUAUGGGGUAGGUAUUCAACUUUUCUAUAGAGGAGAUGAUAAAUUCAUAUCUGAUAGGCUUUCCUCUCUUUUAAGUUUGCUAUUAUAUUCAUAUCCGAUGAUUGGUACGUUACUUCAGUGAGUCGGCAGGGGACAAUAGCCAAUGGUGAGGUUUGGGAGUGAGAUUAAUCUCAUCAGCGUAAGUUAGUGAGGCGCCUUCAUGGCCAAAUCCUAUGGAGACAUGCCCAUAUGAAGUUGGUGAAGGGCCCUCCCAACAGACCCCCUGGCCCCUACACAUGGUCUCCUAUCCUACCAUCCCUUGUCCUCAUACCCAUUCUUCAAGCUAUUUACAUCUAACUAGAGCUGGGCCCUUGGAUGUACAUGCUUUGUCUUUAUCCCUUAUUGUUAAUGUGCUAUUUUCCUCAUUUUUUUACCCCAUCAUUACUAAGCACUGUUAAUGCAUCAUGAAGUUCAUACAAGUUAAAAAUAACAGCCCAUCAAUGAAACCAUCUCCCAUGAAGUAUAAGAGUAAAUUGGAUAUCAAGAAACAAACUU